CAUCGCAGUACUUGCUGUUGCUGUUUGUCAUCUGUGAACUGCAUCACAAUAAUCACAUUAAUCUGAUAUUAUGAUGGAUGAAACCCCAAAACAAUCACUGCAGCACUGAUUUAAACACAAAUAACGGAUAUGGCGGAGGCAGAUGGUCUCAGCAAUGCCACUCCCACAGAGGAGAUGAACGGUGCUGGAAACCUGAUGGACUUUCUAGACGAGCCGUUCCCAGAUGUCGGCACUUACGAGGACUUUCACACCAUUGACUGGCUGAGAGAGAAAUCCAGAGACACAGACAGACACAGGAAGAUCACCAGUAAGAGUAAAGAGUCGAUCUGGGAGUUUAUAAAGAGUUUGCUGGACGCCUGGUCAGGAUGGCUGGUGAUGCUGCUGAUUGGACUGUUGUCAGGCACGUUGGCUGGAGUGAUCGAUCUGGCUGUUGACUGGAUGACGGAUCUGAAGGAGGGGGUGUGUCUGUCUGCAUUCUGGUACAGCCAUGAGCAGUGCUGCUGGACGUCCAAUGAGACGACCUUCGCUGACAGAGACAAAUGUCCUCAGUGGCAGAAAUGGGCUGAACUGAUGACGGGAUACACGGAGGGUGCAGGGGUGUAUGUGCUAAACUACUUCCUGUAUGUGCUGUGGGCUCUGUUCUUCUCUUUCCUGGCCGUGUCUCUGGUGCGAGUGUUCGCUCCGUACGCCUGUGGAUCAGGAAUACCGGAGAUUAAGACGAUCCUGAGUGGCUUCAUCAUUCGAGGUUAUCUGGGGAAAUGGACUCUGCUGAUAAAGACAGUCACUCUGGUGCUGGCCGUGUCGUCUGGUCUCAGUCUGGGGAAGGAAGGGCCGCUCGUCCACGUCGCCUGUUGCUGUGGCAACCUGUUCUGCAGCCUUUUCUCCAAAUAUAGCAAGAACGAGGGCAAACGGAGAGAGGUUUUGUCGGCAGCUGCGGCUGCAGGUGUGUCUGUUGCGUUUGGAGCUCCAAUUGGAGGAGUUCUAUUCAGCCUAGAAGAGGUCAGUUAUUAUUUCCCUCUGAAGACGUUGUGGCGUUCUUUUUUCGCCGCGCUGGUGGCGGCUUUCACACUCCGCUCCAUCAACCCGUUUGGCAACAAUCGUCUGGUGCUAUUUUACGUCGAGUACCACACGCCCUGGUACAUGGCCGAGCUGGUGCCGUUCAUUCUGCUGGGCGUGUUUGGUGGGCUCUGGGGGACCCUUUUUAUCCGUUGUAAUAUCGCGUGGUGUCGCCGCCGCAAGACCACGCUGCUCGGGAAGUAUCCAGUGCUGGAGGUGAUCGUGGUGACAGGAAUCACGGCUAUCCUGGCAUUCCCAAAUCCUUACACACGCCGCAGCACCAGUGAACUGAUCUCAGAGCUGUUUAACGACUGCGGAGCGCUGGAGUCAUCACAACUCUGCGAUUACAUCAACAACCCGAACAUGACGCGACCGGUGGACGAUAUUCCAGAUAGACCCGCGGGGCCGGGCGUCUACAGCGCCCUCUGGCAGCUGGCACUGGCACUGAUCUUUAAGAUAAUCAUCACUAUCUUUACAUUCGGCAUGAAGAUCCCCUCAGGCUUGUUCAUCCCCAGUAUGGCGGUGGGCGCUAUCGCCGGGCGUAUCGUGGGCAUUGCAGUGGAGCAGAUGGCAUAUCAUCACCACGACUGGAUAAUUUUUAAGAACUGGUGUCGCCCGGGUGCAGACUGUGUCACUCCGGGCCUGUAUGCGAUGGUCGGGGCGGCUGCAUGUUUAGGUGGCGUAACUCGUAUGACAGUCUCUCUUGUCGUCAUCAUGUUUGAGUUGACCGGCGGUCUCGAGUACAUCGUUCCUCUGAUGGCGGCCGCUGUCACCAGUAAGUGGGUCGCCGAUGCGUUUGGGAAGGAGGGAAUUUAUGAAUCUCACAUUCAGCUCAAUGGUUACCCGUACCUGGAUCAAGACGAGUUCACACACCGCACGCUAGCCACGGAUGUGAUGCGACCACGCCGAAACGACCCGCCGCUGUCAGUUCUGACGCAAGACAGCACCACAGUGGAGGAUGUGGAGAUGCUUAUCAAAGACACCGACUACAACGGCUUUCCUGUGGUUGUCUCGCGUGAAUCAGAGAGACUUAUUGGCUUCGUUCAGAGACGAGAUCUUAUCCUGGCUAUCAAAAAUGCACGGCAGAAACAGGAAGGUGUGGUGAGUAAUUCAGUGGUUUAUUUCACUGAAGACGCACCGCAGCUUCCUGCAUCAAACCCGCAGCCACUGAAACUCAGACGCAUCCUGAAUCUCAGUCCCUUCACUGUCACUGACCACACGCCCAUGGAGACGGUGGUGGACAUCUUCCGCAAACUGGGUCUCCGCCAGUGUCUUGUCACACGCAGCGGACGUUUGCUUGGAAUCAUUACUAAGAAGGAUGUUCUGCGACACAUGGCACAAAUGAUGAAUCAAGACCCUGAAUCAAUCAUGUUCAACUAACAGCGCCAUCAGGAGUCGAACCCGCUCCAGACUCAAUCUGUACAUAGUGCACACUUCCUGUUAUCUGUUACACACUCAGUCCUCAGUUCUGCACACUAAUAUAUAUUUAUUUGGCCAAAACAGGACUGAUGCAACUGAGACUGUCGGCCAAUUGUUAUUUUCAACGUAGAUGUUGUUGUUUUUAUUACACUGCUCUUGCCAUAUAUUUUUAUUUUUUAUUAUGUGCAUUAUUGUAAUUUUUGAUUCUUUUAAAGGAUUUGAACAAACUUUACAGGUUAAGUACAAAUUCUGCAUCAUGCACUCACCCUUCAACCCUGUCAACCUGUAUGACUGACUUUCUAAAUUCAAGAAUGUGGAAAAAUUCACCUUUUACGUUCCACAGAAGAAAAAAAAUCAUAUGGGUUUGGAAUGGCAUGAAGGUGAGUAAAUAAGGACAUAUUUUUUUACUUUUGGGUGAACUAUCACUGUAAACAUGUGCAAUGAAAAUAAGGCAUCUCUAACUUUUGUUUACUGUAUUUUUAUUGUAAAGGCUGCUAUACAGGGUGUGAAACGCACCAUUUCACUGGUACAUCAAAUUUGCGAGGUCUUUGUGAAGUUAUUACAGUAUAUUUGUUUAUUAAACAAUGUAUUAUAAUACAAAAGUUAACAUAUGUCAAAAUAAAAUAGUUUCCAAAAUACU